AUGGAAACAAAAAUACUUGUCGUCAAUCCUAAUAGUUCAAAAACAAUGACUGAUUCCUUGCAGGAAACCAUUGAAAAGACUUUCUCAAAGGAAUCAUUUAAAAUCAGUUACUUCACAGGACCGGAUGCCUCACCACGGCAGAUCGAUGGCGAGGAAACAAGUAUUGAAAGUAUGAAGGCCUGUCUUCCCCUCAUAGUUGAUGAUCAGGAAUCGGUUUAUUACUUUCAGAAUUUUGAUGGGAUAUUGAUCGCCUGUUUCUCCGACCAUCCUUUGGUGACAGAGAUAAAAUAUAGGGCCGCUAAAGAAAAGAGCAAUGUCUCGGUUGUUGGAUUAUUAGAUAGCAGCAUCCAUUAUUGCGACUUGAUCGGAAAGAGGUUUUCUAUUAUCACUUCAAAUAAAGAAUGGAUCCCCAUAUUGAAUAAUUCUGUAGAAUCGAAAUUUUUGACAAGGAACACAAUUGAUAAAAAUCUGUGGAAAGGUACUGUAUCCACUGACCUACAGGUCCUCGACUUGCAUAGCCCAAAAAAUUUUCAGCAAAUUGCGGAUAUUAUUUGCGAGGAGAAUAUUAGAAAGCUUGAUUCAGAGAUUGUAAUAUUGGGUUGUGCAGGGUUCUCAGGGUUACAAAAUAAACUCGCAAAAAGAUUCGAAAAGGAUGGUAUAUUGUUUUUGGAUACGAUUGAAAUCGGUUUGGAGAUUUUAAUUACUAUGAUAAAGUUCAUUAAAUCACAAUAUAAAUAG